GAAGGCGCUGUUUCCGGUAUGGUGGUAUUGCAAAACGCUGGUGGUCAUAACUGAAGGGCAAGAGUGUGAAUUUGUAAUGGAUUGUUUUUGAAGUAGUACACCUACAUUAAAGUCGGCUUUCAAAUUACAGAAGAAAAAGUAGCUACCGAUUUUUCUAUUUCAAGUUGAAGCGCAGGAAUUCACCAAAUUUGGGGCCUGACGAUGUGGGGAGAGGCGAAGCAGGUGCUCUGCGGCGUGGGCCGGGUGGGCGCGGCCUUCGCCGAGACCCAGGCCGAGCAGCUCUGGCUCCUGGCCAGCAACAGCAGCCUCACCGCUGGGCUGAAGAGAGUGCAGAACUGCGCGGAGGACGGCCUGCGCAGCCUGCUGGCGGCCAGAGGGACAGGGAGAGUGGAUUUCCCAGAAGCCUCCGGGUGGGGGGAGGAAGAGGAGCUGGCCAAGUGGGCGGUGGGCUCUGAGAUGGCCCCCGAGGUCGAAGGGCCCGAGCCCCAGAGCUCUCCCCUGCAGCGGCCGGCUUCCCAGCACCUCUCCCAGCAGGCGGCCGGCCUGGGAGGACCGGGUCAGACUCGGCACCUCCACCAGGACUCGGCGCUGGGCCGACUGACCGCCGAAGACAUCAGGAAAGCCAGGGAGGCCAAGCGGCCAAUUGAGAGAGGUGGCUCUUCAAAACCGGCUCGGCAGAAACUGAGCGACCGAGCCAAGGAGAGGAGCGUCCCUGCGACGAGAUUCAGUCGGCUCGCUAACUUUGGGGGCCUGGCUGUCGCCCUGGGUCUUGGUGCAAUAGCUGAGGUCACCAAGCAGUCUCUGGGAGGGAAGCAGACACAGGCCAAUGGCCGGGCUCUCCUGGACUCGCCCUUCCUGUCCGAAUCCAACGCCGAAAGAAUUGUGGACACGCUGUGCAAAGUUCGGGGAGCCGCGCUGAAAAUCGGACAGAUGCUCAGCAUUCAAGACAGCAGUUUCAUCAACCCGCAGCUCCAGAAGAUUUUUGAGAGGGUCAGGCAGAGCGCAGACUUCAUGCCAGCCUGGCAAAUGACGAAGGUACUGCAAGAGGAGCUCGGUGCCGACUGGCGGGACAGGUUGGCGUCCUUCGAGGAGAAGCCCUUUGCUGCCGCCUCCAUCGGUCAGGUGCACCUCGGGGUGCUGAAGGACGGCAGGGAGGUGGCCAUGAAAAUCCAGUAUCCUGGAAUAGCGCAGAGCAUUCGCAGCGACGUCAACAACCUGCUGUCCGUGUUGAAGAUGAGCGUGGCUCUGCCUCAAGGCUUGUUUGCGGAAAGCAGCAUCGAGGUCCUUCAGAGGGAGCUGGAGUGGGAGUGCGAUUACAGGAGGGAGGCCAAGUGUGCCAAACGCUUCAGGGAGCUUCUAGAUGGAGACCCCUUCUUCACAGUGCCGGCAGUGGUGGACGAUCUGUCCACCGAGAGAGUCUUGUGCAUGGAGCUGGUGUCAGGGGUGCCGCUGGAUCGCUGCAUAGACCUGGAACAGGAGACCCGCAACCAGAUCUGUUCCAACAUUCUGCACCUGUGUCUCCGGGAACUGUUUGAGUUUCGCUUCAUGCAAACUGACCCCAACUGGUCCAACUUCUUCUACGAUGCAGAGCAGAACAAGGUCUCCCUCUUAGAUUUUGGAGCAUGCCGGGAUUAUAGCCAGGAAUUCACCGACGACUACAUCGAGGUGGUGCAUGCUGCCUCUGUAGGGGACAGGCAGAGGGUCCUCCAAAAAUCCAAGGACUUGAAAUUCCUCACUGGCUUUGAAACCAAGGCCAUGCAGGAGGCCCACGUGGACGCGGUGAUGAUUCUGGGGGAAGCCUUCGCCUCCCCAGAGCCCUUCGACUUCAGCACCCAGAGCACCACGCAGCGCAUCCAGAGCCUGGUCCCCGUGAUGCUGCGGCACCGGCUGACGCCCCCGCCGGAGGAGACCUACUCCCUGCACCGCAAGAUGGCGGGCUCCUUCCUGAUGUGCUCAAAGCUGGGCGCCGUCAUCCCCUGCUGGGAGAUGUUUCGCUCCAUCUACAGCGCGUACGCUGCAGGCCGGAGGUCAAGGUCCUAGAGGGACCGGGGGCUUGUAAUCCCUCCUGCGCCUGGAACCGGACCUUCGGACCUUAGUGAUCCAGCUGGGGGUGGGGAGUGUGGGGGCGAUGGAUGGGCUCGGGUAUCAAGCUCUCGGAAGAAGGACACACAAUGGCAGGCAACGCCUGCUCAAAAGAUGCCAGGCUGGGGCUUGGAUCCUGGAGGCUGCUGGUUCAAGUUGUGUGUGAAACUCCAGGUCUGUGUGGAGUGGGCUCUGUCUGGAGGUAUUUUAGUGGAUCUGAGGUCUGCCGCACACUAGUACCCUCUUGCUGGUGUACGAGCCCAGGAUGCCAAGAGUAACUCUGAUGUGACUCUGUCCUCUGCCGUUUGCCCCAAAGCAUGCUGCUUGUGCACCAGGGUUCAGUACGGCAAAGACAAGGAGUUGUCCAGUUUGCUGUAGUCCACAUCUCUGACCUCUGUCUAAAACUGCUGAUUGUUUCCGUGGAAUUUAUUGUAACAGUGCCGUAAUAUUUCUGCUGUAUUUGUUACCAUGCUUUUAAAGAUGUAGCAGCAUUUUCUACGUCCCACUUGGCUCUGUACUUAAAACUGGCAAUUGCUUUCUCUUUUCAGGUCCAUUGUUAGCCUUGACCUGACAUUUCUGGUCCAAAGAUCACCUUUUUGCUGAAUUUUAAACAUUCUUAGCCAAGUUUCUGAAUGAUCUUCAUUCCCUGUUUUCAAGGGGUGCUGGACAGGGUGAAUUCAGCUGUGAGCACUUCUUGAUUUUUGCCAGAAAUCUGGUGAAGAAGGAGGUUGAGGUUAGCCCUCUGACUUCUAAUCAGCCACAUGAAGUAAUUUUUUCAGGAUACCCAGAACUCUGGUGCCGUGCUGGAAAACAUUUCAUGUUGUGUAGCCCGAUGUCAUUCUUCGGUGAGAACGCCCCAGUGCAUUGAAGUCUCACUCGCUACACAUGGAAUAAAUAUCUUAAUAAUGAAGCUGGCUGCUCUCACCUUG